CGCAGGGCAGCGUAGCUCGCACGCGUCCGUGGCCCUGCGGUCACGCGUGUCGCCCCUGCCGGGGCUUCCUCCCUGGGCUCGGGGCCGAGCGGUCGCCACGGCCUGGUGCUGCUGCCUUCGCCCAGGUUUCUCUGGACUCCUGUUGAAGUUCUGCCUGGAAAUUUGUAUUCAUUGACUUUUCCAUGAGAAGAAUUUUGUUGCCACUGCCUUAUCAAGAUGAACAUAACAUAUUUGAACAAUUCAGGAAUUCAUUUGUCUUCUGGGAAAUCUCAAAGAAAAAAUAUGCCUGAAGACGCAGUCUUUAUUGACAACAUUCCUUCAAACACACUUACUCCUGUAAAAGAAUUGGCGAAAUAUCGGAAGUCCUCUCUAAAACUGAAUGGUCAUAAUAAGAAUCAGUUAUUAGAAAUGGCAACUUCCAACAAUAAAAAGAAAUGUCACUCCACCAUGCUAACAGAGGCUACCCUUUCAAACAGCUAUCCUGAUAUCAGUGUUAUAAAGUGCAAUGUGGAUGGAUUAAGAAACGAAAUGAACUAUGAAACACCAAGAAAAAUCUUUCAAAGAAUGAAAGAAAAAAUACAGCAUGACAAAGAACAAGCAUCAAGCAGCAGUAGCAUGUUGGGACCACCACAGUGUGAACAUAAGAAAGUCUUCACUUCUAACAGAGAUAAGAAAAUUCAGUUGCAACAAACCUACCUCUGUGAGGAAAAAGAAAAAUCAUCCCAAUCCAAUAAUACUUCAUUAGGAGAGCUUCCAAUUCUGAAUCGAGAACAAGAAAGUGUUAAAGCUUCAAACAUCUCAAGCAAGGCAUUAACUAGAGCUCAGUUUGCUAGACAAGUUCUUCAUUCAAAAGAGAAAACUGUUAAAGCCACUGUGUCCAAAAAGGACACUGUUAAUUCUACUUAUGAAAAGCUUGGAAAUACAGGCAUUAAGACUGUGAGUUCUGACUGUGUUCCUAUUCGGGAUCAUAGCCCCUUGAUGACUUCUGGGAGUGAUGUGUCAACAGAAGGGACUGCAAAAGAGGAUAUUUUAGAACAAAAUAAAAAAUCGAGUUCUAGAGGAACGACUCGUCAUUCCAUGGAAAAUACAUGUGAAAUCAUACUUGCAAGUCCAAGACUUAAUCUAAAAAUACCUGACCUGUCUCAAAGAAAGGUUACAAAGCUUGAAGCUGUUGCAAGUGAAGUUAAAAAAUACCAGGUAGUCCAGCUACAGGAAUGGAUGAUUAAAGUCAUCAAUAAUAACACAGCUAUAUGCAUAGAAGGAAAGCUGGUAGAUAUGACUGAUGUUUAUUGGCAUAGUAAUGUAAUUGUAGAGCGAAUUAAACACAAUGAACUUAGGACAUUAUCGGGGAACAUUUAUAUAUUAAAAGGAUUAAUAGACCGGAUUUCCAUGAAAGAAGCAGGAUAUCCCUGUUAUCUCAUAAGAAAAUUUAUGUUUGGAUUCCCCCAAAAUUGGAAGGAACUCAUUGAUAAUUUUCUAGAACAAUUAAGGGCUGGAGAAAAGGACAGGAAUAAGACCAGACAGAAAACUGCAAGAGUUCAUGAAAAACAAAAAUCAAUGAAAAAUGAUGCAGAAGAUACACAAACAGAUGUCCUCCUAAAAGCCAGCAACACUUAUGACCUUACUGAUGAUACCUUGGAGAGAACUGAAGUAUUAAAUGCACUGAUUGGUACCCCGAACUCACUGGAGCAGCCUACCUCUGACAAAGAAAGAGAACACCUGCCUCUGAAUCGGAAGGAAGUUUGUGUUUUAGUAACACCACUUAAAACUAUAAAGGGGGUAGAGACAAGAUGUAAAGAGUUCAAUCUCUCUAUCAAAGGAGUAACAGAGAUUUUCAAACCAAAGCAUCAAGAAGAAAGUGAGUCAGAUGUGCAUGUAAGUUCUAUCCAUAAGUCCUCAGAGAUCUUUGAACACAGUGUGGGUUAUGAAAGUAGCCCCAAGGAAGAUUUCAGUGGAUGUGAUAUACUCACCGUCAGAGAGAGCAUUCAGAUACCUUGUCCUAAAAAUAAGCAAAUGGUCACCAAGGAUUUUAAGAAUAUCAAGUUGCCCUCAAAGUUGGAGAAAACUGAAAAUCGAGUAGCCGUUCAAUCAUCGUUCAAUCCGUCCUCAUCUCUUACGUCAAGUGAAGAGAAUGAAACAGAGGUUAGAAGGAAAGCCAGAACAAGAAACUGCAAAGAAAGGCUGAUGGGCCAGAGAAAAAGCACAUGCACUAUCACAAAAGAUAUCCUGCUGGUUUCACAAUCUGAAGGUGAGAAUGGUUCUCAUAUCACAUCACAGAAAUCUAGAUCUGCUAAGGAAAUUUUUCCAAAAUCUGGUGUUAGCAGGAAGUUCCCAGUUGAAGUUAAGGGAUCUGAUACAACAAACAGGCAACUGUUAGGCCGUUGUCCACCUGAUUUCAUUGAUAAUGAAGAAUGGAAUGAGCAAGAAUUACAGAAGCUUCAUUGUGCUUUUACAUCUCUUCCAAAGCACAAGCCUGGUUUUUGGUCAAAUGUAGCCAUGGCAGUAGGCUCUCGAACAGCUGAUGAAUGCCAAAGGAAAUACAUAGAAGAUUCCCAAGGCAAACGAUCCCAAAAACAAGUCUCUAAGAAAAAGCAAGCCAGUUUCAAGGUCAAAAAUGGUGAGAAAGAAAAUGCUGUUGAGAAAAAUACUAUUAAGAUAACUGCCAGAGCAGGAACUCUAAAAAGGAAACGACAAAUGAGGGAUUAUCUGGAACAGUUGCCACAAGACAACCACGAUGACUUUUUCACUGCAACACCCAUGCAGAAACAAAGAAUAAUGCUGCCAAGUUUUCAAUACAGUCAAGAUGAUGAUUUUCAGCUCGAUGUUGACAGGAAUCCAGCAUCUCCAUCAUCAGUUACUUUGCCAUUGACAGAUACUCCACAGUGUCAGCAUGUCAGUCCUGGUAUGCUAGCCUCUAUAAAAAGUGAUGAUUAUGAUAAAUAUGUUUUCCAUAUGCAAAAAAAUGCUAAAAAGUAUGGCAAGUGUGGUCUUGUGUGGGGCAACAUUAGGAAAAAAACAGUUGAAAAUGAUUUCUCACCUACAUCAAUACGAAAAGCCCUGUUUAACAAAGAUUUAGGUGAAAACACUGCUAUCACAAAGUAUCUCAAUGAUGCUAUAGAAUCAGAUGAAGAAGAGAAAGAUUAUUAUUUUUCAAAUUCUGACUGAUAGUAAAUACGAUUUGCAGGAUUUUUACCCUCAAACCGAGCAUACUGAUAUACUCAUUUGAUGAAUGGGCAUUUUCUUUGUAAUAAGGGAAUGCGGAUUUGUUUCGAAAAGAUAUCUUAUGUCUGUAUGCAAGGUUAACAUCCUAUAGAGCAUUCCUCAGUGCUUGCAAUAAAAAACAAGUAAAAGUACUUUGUCUUUGUAUGUAUUUGUAAGUUUUAUUUGUAAUAUUAAUAUACAUAAAGCUUAAGUUUCUUGACUACCCAAGUCUGUUUACUUUAGUAAUCAUGUCUCAAAAAAGUGUCUUAAUAAAUUUUAAAACCCUGAAGUUAGGAGAGGUAAGGGGCUGGAGUUAAGGAGUUUGCAUUGAUGGAUGCUGGAAUGAAAUCUUGCCACCUGAUAUC